UUUGGUUUCAUUCGUUGCUAAAAUUCUGAGAGAAGAAGUACCUAGUCGUAAAAAUAUAUUUAUUUAAAAUAUUGUUGAAUAUGAGAAAGUGUUAAACAUUUAAAUACUCAAUCAGUUUUUAUUCUAAUUGAUAUAGAAAUUAAAUAAAACAAAUAAAAAUUUCGAUAUACAUUAUUUCUGGAAGUUAAAUAAUACUAAAGAAGCAUAAUGGCACCUCGUGAAAUUGUUAAACAGAACGAAAUAUCCGUCAGUGGAGUUCUGAAUGAAAAUGACGUAGAAACAGUUGACGGUGGAUUAAAAACACAAGCAAAAGGAAUUGCCAAACGCAGACACCUAAAACUCGUAUGGCGUAAUAUUAUACUCUUUGCAUACCUACAUUUCGCUGCAGUCUACGGACUAUGGCUUAUGUUUUUCUCUGCAAAAUGGGCAACAGGAAUAUUCGCUAUGGUCUUCUACUCAAUGUCUGGCUUGGGAAUUACCGCCGGUGCUCAUCGACUUUGGGCACAUAAAGCAUAUAAAGCCAAAUGGCCAUUGCGUCUUAUUCUGAUGAUCUUCAAUACUAUUGCCUUCCAAGAUUGUGCUAUCCAUUGGUCAAGAGAUCAUCGUGUCCAUCACAAAUACAGUGAAACUGAUGCUGAUCCACAUAAUGCAACUCGUGGCUUCUUCUUCUCUCACAUUGGCUGGCUCUUAUGUCGCAAACAUCCCGAUGUCAUUGCAGCUGGAAAGAAACUUGACAUUUCAGACUUGGAAAAUGACCCAAUUUUGGCUUUCCAAAGAAAAUAUUACUUGAUCCUUAUGCCAAUCUUUUGCUUCAUCCUUCCAACAGUCAUGCCAGUCUACUUGUGGGGAGAAACUUGGGGUAAUGCAUGGUUUGUGGCCACUAUGUUCCGAUACUGUUUCAUUUUGAAUGUAACAUGGUGCGUUAACAGUGCUGCACAUAAAUGGGGUGAUAAGCCUUAUGACCAAAACAUUAAUCCAGUUGAAAAUAUGGGAGUUGCCAUUUUUGCUCUCGGUGAAGGCUUCCACAACUACCAUCAUGUCUUCCCAUGGGACUACAAAACAGCCGAACUGGGCAACUACAGAAUGAAUUUCACAACAGCAUUUAUUGAUUUCUUUGCUAAAAUCGGAUGGGCUUAUGAUCUCAAGACAGUCUCAAAAGACAUCAUUAAGAAGCGUGCUGAAAGAACAGGAGACGGUAGUCAUCUAUUGUGGGGCUAUGGAGAUACAGACCAAAAUCAAGAUGAAAAAGAAAUGAUUCCAAUAAUUAACAAGAAAGAUGAUUAGAUUUAUUAGAGAGAAUAAUAUGGCAACUUUAAAUCAGAUGUUUAAUUUUUAGUGAUUUACGAAUGAACUUUAUCUUGUGUCUAACAGAAUUGUAGAGUAGAAUUGAAUUUUCAUAGAUAUGGAUUAAUUAUUGAGAAUGGAUCUCCAGUGAACGACACUUUUUUACGUAAAUUUAUAAUCACUGUUCAUGUUUCAUUCUUUUUGAGGAUAAAUUGCCAUAAAUAUCCCCAAAAAUCAUACAAAUACUGGAAUCAGGUCUUCAAUUAAUUUUCACUGGAUCAAGAAUAUAUUUAUAAUGAGCUAUAUUUUCUCACUAUUGCGAAAUACAAAGAAAAACUUAAUAUUAACAAAAUAAAAAGAAUUUGAAAGGAAGUAAAGCAUUAAGGGUAAAAUGAACUGAAUUGGAAUGCUGGAAAAUAUGGACUGGUAAACAAAACAAAUUAAUAGAAACUUUAGAGAUAUUCAUGUGUAAUUUUUAUUAUUAAUAAUAUUAUUUGUCUAUUGUGAAACGUAGUAAAUUCCAUUAUUAAUAUGUGCUGCUCGCAAUCUUGCACCUUAAAAUUUUAUGUAAUUCAUCAGAAACAAGCAUUAAUACACAUGAAAAUAUAUUUGUUGAGCAGCAUUGACAUUAAUAAACUAAAAAACUAUGAGA